AUGACUCGCCAAAACAGAUGGAAAAACCUUAGAGUCUGUUUCACAAGAGAGCUGCGCCGUCUUAAAGAUGUCAAAAGUGGUUCUGCUGCAAAACGUAAAAGUCAAUACACCUAUUUCAACCAAUUACUGUUUUUGAGAUCAGUGCUGGACACAAACGCAACAGAAAAUAGUCUUGAAGAGGCAAGUCAAGAAAAUGAAAAUGCAAGAUCUUCUGAUCUUGAGACUCAACAGUAUGCAUCAAAGUCGCUUAGAACAAAAAGGAAGAAAAAAUACCAAACGAAGAAUCCGAUACAGACCCUUUAA